GCCGCCAGCUACAUGCGAGCCGUAUUGCGCACUCUGGCGCAAUGCCACCAUCUCCGGAUCCUGCAUCGGGACGUAAAGCCGGGGAAUUUUAUGCUGCUGACAGAUGCGGACAAGGCGCCUGUAAAAGCCAUAGAUUUUGGCCUGGCCGUCUUCUACGACCCCAAAAAGCUACCGCGCAAGGACCUGGGCCUGGAGGGAACGCCGCACUUCAUGGCGCCGGAGCAGCUGUCUGGUAAGACCGAGCCCGCCUCGGAUAUCUGGUCGGCAGGGGUCAUGGCGUACCAGCUGCUUUGCGGCUUUGUGCCUUUUGACGACUGGAAGAACACUCGAUCGCCUUCGUUGCGCGCUAUCCUGACGGAGGAGCCGAAGUUCACUCACCGAGCGUGGGAAGGGGUGUCCGAGGAGGCCAGGGACUUUGUGAGGUCACUCCUGAUAAAGUGA